GCAGCCAAACAAGCGCUUUCCCAUUCUUCCGAUGAUCCAAGUUUAGACGUGAAUCAAUCGGUACGGCGACGAAUCACCGACGAUCAGAACCUCGAUGCCCGCUUCUGCAAUUCCUGUCGGUUCGGAACACACCAUUACUACAGCAUCGAGUCAUCUCACCGCGACCGCUUUGAAGCCGCUGUUCCAGCCGGCUCGAGACACCUCGCCUGAGCCGCCAUCAAUUGUGCACGACAUCCCACGAUUUGACUUAGUGCCUCACAGGCUUCACCAGAGCCCACGCUGGACCUCAAAAAAUGGUCUCGCACUAAGCGAUUCAAUACAUCCCCCGUGACCACACAUUACCACGAACUUGACGUUCUUCCUCCUCCUGCACUACUUCCCAGGACUCGACUACAGGCAGCGUCACGACGUGAAAUCCGACGCCGCUACAAGGCCUGUGAGCUUCUCGAAGCAGACAUGAAGUUCUCACACAGCAUUCAGUUCAAUGCGGUGCCCGAAUGGUCUUCCCAUUAUAUCUCGUACUCAAACUUGAAAAAGGCCAUCUACCAGCUCGAGCAACAAAUCAACCGAAGUGGCCAAGCAAAUACCACGGACCCUGAGCACUCGCCCCUGCUCUCUCAUGACAGCAUAGAUGAUCCGGACAAGCUUUUCACCCGGAAGCUUAACGAUGAACUAGACAAGAUCUGUUCAUUCUAUCGCCUCAAAGAGUUGGAAAUCCUGGGUGAGGUCGAGGAUACUUUACAAGAGGUCGCAGAGUACGAAGCCGAAUACGCUGUUGGCGAGGAAGACGAAGAUGGCGAAGGGCUACAAAGACAAAGACUAUGGGCAACUGCUCGGCGGGAAAGUAAAAUCCGCAGCUUCUUCAACCCUGACAAGCGAAAGCGGCCCUCGACGCUUGGGAGUGGAAAAGCCGGGCCCGCCAGAGAGGAAGAAGAGUAUGACGAUGAAAGCGACGAGGACGACAAUGAGCAAGGACCACUUACUCGAAGCACUUCCAGCUUGGGACGACGAGGCAGCCGGCGCGGGAGUUUGCCAGUUAGGGAGCAGUCAUCUAACGAGCAGGCUAAUCUUACGGAAUCACAACGAGGCUUGAAGGCAUCCGGUGUGUUUAGUGAAUAUGCUGAUGAGACGUUCCAAGCCCUCUACGACGAGGGAAUCACCCUGAAGAAGCGCCUUAUCGGACUCUACGUCAACAUCUGCGAACUUCGAUCCUUCAUCCAGCUCAACGAGACUGGUUUCUCCAAGGUCCUCAAGAAGUACGACAAGAUUCUAGAUCGCAAGCUCAAAUCAGCAUACGUGCAAGAAAAGGUCAAACCAGCACAACCCUUCCAGCCAUCGACCUUCGCGGCACUAGAUGACCACCUCCGACGUGUAGAACAAGCCUAUGCGAGCAUCGUCACCAAGGGCGAUGUCGAUACCGCUCGCCAGGAGCUCCGUCUGCACCUCCGAGAACACGUUGUCUGGGAACGAAAUACGGUCUGGCGUGAGAUGAUUGGCAUUGAACGAAAAGCCCAGGCCGCCAACCUUGGUCUACGCAACACCAUGCUGGGCCGAGAGACCGAUCCGAAGAAGGCUCGUCUGCAAGGCGAUGCGGAGGAAGGCACGAGUAGGAUCGUGAGCCUCCCGAUUGGCAAAUACCGUCUGCCCAAAUUCCUGUUCUCAAGCUCGUUCUGGAUGCUGUCCGCCAUCAUCGCCACUUUCGUGACCCUCUUGAUCGUGCCCACCAUGGAACGUCCAGAGCAGCAGAACUGUCUGGCGCUUGUCGUCUUUGUCAGUCUGCUAUGGGCCACCGAGGCAAUCCCCUUGUUUGUCACUUCAUUACUUGUGCCGUUCUUCUGCAUCGUUUUACAGAUCGUCCGAGAGGAUGCCAAGCCAAACCGGCGACUCACAAGCAAAGAAGCUGCAGGAUACGUCUUCGCGUCGAUGUGGACUCCGGUCAUUAUGCUGCUACUCGGCGGUUUCACAAUCGCUGCCGCGCUGAGCAAAUAUAAUAUCGCGAAGAUGAUGGCCACAUUCGUCCUGUCGAAAGCCGGUACUAAACCCAGCACCGUACUUUUUACCAGCAUGGCGGUAGCAACCUUUGCUAGCAUGUGGAUCAGCAAUGUCGCUGCGCCUGUGCUGUGCUUCAGCAUUAUCCAGCCCAUUUUACGCAACUUGCCAUCUGACAGUAACAUGGCUAAAGCUCUUCUUCUGGGAAUUGCGCUCGCGUCCAACAUCGGUGGCGCAGCAUCGCCCAUCGCAUCUCCUCAGAACCUUAUCGCCCUACAGAAUAUGGAGCCGCAACCUGGCUGGGGGACAUGGUUCUUCAUCGCCCUUCCAGUGUGCAUUGUCAGUCUCAUACUCGUUUGGCUGCUUCUCGUGGUCACGUUCCAGCCCGGCAAAAACACCGUCAUCGUCCCGAUUCGACAGAUCAAAGAAAAGUUCACCGGCUACCAAUGGUUCAUCUGCAUCACCACACUCAUCACGAUCGGGCUGUGGUGCGUCAGCCACCAGCUCGAGGGCGUCUUCGGCGACAUGGGCGUUAUCGCCAUCAUUCCCAUCGUCCUGUUCUUCGGCACCGGUAUUUUGACCAAGGAAGAUUUCAAUAACUUCCUCUGGACCAUCAUCAUCUUGGCCGCUGGCGGUCUCGCACUGGGCAAGGCGGUCAACAGUUCUGGUCUGCUCAAGACCAUCGCCUUAUCCAUAACGGAAGGCGUCGCUGGCGUGUCGCUCUAUGGUGUCACUUGCAUUUUCGCCGGUCUUAUCGCUGUCGUCGCUACAUUCAUCAGCCACACUGUGGCCGCAUUGAUCGUGUUACCGCUGGUGCGGGAGGUCGGCGCUAGCAUGGCCGAUCCCCACCCGAACCUCCUCGUUAUGUCCUCGGUGCUGAUGGCUUCCGCUGCAAUGGGUCUGCCAACGAGUGGAUUCCCCAACAUGACUGCGAUUAUGAUGGAGGAUCCACAAACUGGACAACGAUAUCUCCAGGUCCGGCACUUCAUCACCCGCGGUAUCCCCGCCACGGCGCUCGCAUAUGUUGUCAUUGUGACUCUCGGUUAUGGCAUCAUGCUCGCGGCGGGAAUGUGAUUUUGAUAGUCUUUGUAACCUGUGUACCGCAAUUUGUCUAUUUCUAUGCCUUCUCUCCCAGCUGGUGCAAAUUCGUGGAUGCGUCGAUGCCUCGCCUAGCAAAACAUUCAUCGGAGGGAAGCGAAGCUACCCGUCAUGUUCUGGGUCCUCCUCGCCAUACAUC